UCUGCAUUUUUUGUGUUUUUUUUAAAAAACACUGUACUGUACUGUACUUGCUUUAAUUUCCUUCCCCUCUUUCGUCUUGUCGCUAUGCCAGUUGACUCGAGUGGCAAUCAGUUGCACUGCAGAAGUGCAAAACCCAAUACCCAGCUCCAACAGAAGCAGCAGAGAAAAUGGAGAACGGAUCGACAAAUUGGGGUUUUCGAGCGAAUGAAGAGCUGGACCGAGCGUUCGCUUUCCCUAUCAAAGGUGUUGUCGCAACCCUUAUGAAGAAUCUCAAUAAAUCCGAUCACAGACCCACUAUUCCACUCGGCCGUGGCGAUCCGGCGGCGUCUCCGUGCUUUCGGACUACUCCGGUGGCCGAAGACGCCAUUGUUGAUGCUCUGAGAUCUGCAGAUUUCAACGGUCGCGCCCCAAAUGUUGGUAUUCUUCCAGCGAGGAGGUCUAUUGCAGAACAUCUCUGUCGUGAUCUUCCAUAUAAAUUAUCACCGGAUGACGUUUAUCUCACAGCUGGCAGUAAGCAAGCAAUUGAAGUCAUAUUAGCAGUCCUUGCUCGCCCUGGUGCCAAUAUUUUGCUUCCUAGACCAGGGUAUCCAACGUAUGAAGCUCAUGCUGCAUUAAAUCAUCUUGAAGUCCGGCACUUUGAUCUUCUUCCAGAAAAGAGUUGGGAGGUUGAUCUUGAUGGCGUAGAAACUGUAGCAGAUCAUAAAACUGUCGCUAUGGUUAUAAUCAAUCCUGGCAAUCCAUGUGGGAAUGUUUUCACUUAUGAACAUUUACAAAAAGUUGCGGUGACUGCAAGAAAUCUUGGGAUAUUAGUGAUUGCAGAUGAAGUUUAUGGCCAUCUAGCUUUUGGAAGUUGCCCGUUUGUUCAAAUGGGAGUGUUUGGAGCAACAGUGCCUAUUCUCACACUUGGGUCCAUAUCAAAGAGAUGGAUUGUUCCUGGUUGGCGACUUGGUUGGAUAGUGACAAAUGAUCCCAAUGACUAUCUUCAAAACUCAGGGAUUGUUGAAAGCAUUAUGGAGUAUCUAAACAUUGCCUCCGGUCCUGCAACCUUCGUUCAGGGGGCAGUUCCUCAAAUUCUCGAAAAAACAACAGAGGACUUCUUUGUGAAGACUAUAAAUUUACUGAGAGAAGCUGCACGCAUUUCUUAUGAUAGACUCAAGGAGAUUCCUUGCAUUAUUUGCCCAUAUAAACCUGAAGGAUCCAUGUUUCUAAUGGUUAAGCUAAACUUGUCAUUGUUGGAAGGAAUUAACGAUGAUAUGGAGUUUUGUGUCAAGCUGGUUAAGGAGGAAUCCGUGAUUGUUCUUCCGGGGGUUGCCGUGGGACUGACGAACUGGCUCCGCAUAACUUUUGCCAUUGAGCCAUCAUCUCUUGAAGAUGGUCUUGCUAGGAUAAAAGCAUUUUGCUUUAGGCAUGCCAAGAAAGAUUGAGAUUCAUUUUUUUUGUUCGAAGAUUGAGUUGUCAUGGUCGGUCUUGUUGUUGUUGUUGUUGCUGCUGCUGCUUGUUCUCCCAAACUUUGCUUAUACUUUUAACCUUUAAUUUUAAUAGAUGAGACUGAUGGGUGUUACCCAUUUGUUUGCCCCGACAAAGAA